AUGAAAGUUUGGCUUGUGGCGGCCGUUACACUGUUUCUCUGUAGUCUCAGCUUCGGCGCCGGCUGGGCUCUCAGAGGAACCCACACGAAACGAUCAGCGUUUUCAGACAUCGUCCCAUCUCUGCCUCUCACCGGCCUCUCGCGGCAACAGGUGAUGACACUACACGAAAUGCAAGCUGCACCUCCAGCCAAUGGGAGCCAUGAACCUGCAUGGGACAAACUGAUUCCAAACGGGCUUGGCUACGUCCAGCAUCCCGUUUUAGCACCCGAAGUCUCCAUCAUUGGUGUCUUCCACCAACUGCACUGUCUGUACACGGUCCGGCGUGCCUACUACGCCGCACACGCAGCCUCGAUCGGGCAGGAGUUCAAUAGAGCGGGUGUACGCGAACCUCCCCAUAUUGCUCAUUGCCUAGAUUAUCUGCAACAGAGCCUAGUCUGUGCCGCGGACAUUGGCGUUGAGCCUUUCUAUGCAGGAGGCCACUACCCCGAUGUAAUGUUCGCGCGGCGAUGCCGCGACUUCAGUGAAGUCCAGGCAUGGGCGUCAGAAUGGCGCGUGCUCGACGGCUCGGGUUUCAUUUUCGAUUCCGCGCUAUGA